AUGGAAACUUCUGAGAAUCAUGACGAUCUUCAGUGAGUUCUCCGAAAUGCGUACUGUUCCGAACGAGAGACGGCUUCAGAGUGGUCCACAAAGGCGUUCUGGUGCCGGCGGUGAAAAAGUACACUCCGAUACUCAAAGAUCGGAACGGAAGCGAACUGCUGCGAAAUGACGAGCUCUUCCGCGGGAAGUUUCAUGUGAAGGUUCGAUCCUCUCCGUUGAAUCGCUUAAUUUGACUCUUCAGGGUCUGAUCGGCCGUGGCGGUUACGGACAGAUCUAUUACGCGUCGGACGCCACUUUCCCGGAAGAGGUGGUCAUUAAGAUAGAACCGACAACGAGACAUGGCAGCAAAGCGAAGCGGAUGUUUCUGGAGCACAAGAUACUGUACCGUCUGCAGGGAAGACCGCACGUUCCCGUGAUGUGCGCUUCCGGACACACUGAUCAGCUUAACUUCAUCGGUAGAGAUUCCGAUUGGACUUCCAGCCAAUCUUCUUAUUUCAGUGAUGCAACUACUCGGUCCGAACAUCGGAGAUCUGAAGAAGAGGAGUCCAGUGAAACGUUUGAGCCAGGCGACCGUCGCCCGCAUCAUCAUUCAAGGGAUCGCUGCGCUUCGCGACGUCCACUCCCUCGGCUACAUUCAUCGAGACGUGAAGCCGGCGAACAUGUGCUUCGGAAUCACUCAAAAUGUGAAAACAAUACUCAUUUCCGAAUUCUCACUUCUCAAAACGCUUUGCAGACUCGCCAUGUGCUCAAACUGGUCGAUUACGGGCUUGUCCGCAGAUACAAAAAUGCGGACGGAACACGUCGGAAACCGAGAUGUAGACCUGGAUUCAGGUGAGGAGAGUAGAGGAACUUCCAAAAAACGUCCUGUCCAGAGGAACUCUCCGUUACGUGUCCAUCCGAGUCCACGAUCGAAAGGACCAGGUCCCUGCGGACGAUUUUGUGUCCUUGGCCUACUCGGGAGCCGAACUGUUGCUCGUGAACUUGCCGUGGAAACUACUCCACCCGGAUGACUUCAGACAAGCAAAACUGGACUUUGUAUGGAUUUUCUCUCAGUGAAUACUCAAAUUACGACUGCAGCACGUGCCCAACUCCCCGUUCCUCCAACUGACUGGCCCUCACUUCUCGGUCUUCUGCGGCGCCAUUUUCAGUCUUCACUCGAACGAUGAGCCCGAUCACUCAUCGCUGCAGGCUCUUCUUCUUGUGAGAAUCGAACAAUAUCUCCGAUGAAAGUUACCUUUUUUCUCAGGAGAUGACUUGUGGAAAAUCGCUAAGAGACGCCUACGACUGGGAGGAAAACUAUCGCGAUGUGACGGGCAGUUCCACUUCGGAAACGAGCCAGGCAAGAGGAUCUCCAAAAUUUGAAUUCGAUUAUUGA